AUGCGCUGCGCUGCGGAGCGGGGCCCCGGGGCGGCGGGGCGCGGGGCCGCGGGGCCGGCGGCGGCCCGCGCGGGGCGCUCGGUGCUCGGGGCCCCGGGGCGCGGGGCGCAUGCACGGGGCGGCUGGCCGCACGGACGGCUGGCUGCUCGCUCGGCGGCGCGGGCUGGACCGGGCCUUACCUCCAAGGAGACCAAGUACCUUCAAGUGACAGAAGUGCUCCACAAACUAAAGCUACAGAGUAGAGGGAUAUUGAGAGAAGAGAAGCAGCCAGCCUCGGCCCAGUCCACCCCAAGCAACAGCCCCAACUCUUCCCUUAAGCACAAGUCCAGAGGCUGGUUCACUUCUGGUCCUUCCACAGCCUUACCUGGCCCAUAUCCUGGCACCAUGGAUUCUGCAAGUGGGGACAAGGACAAAAACUUGGUGGAUAAAUGGAGCCUUUUUGCACCAAGAUCCCUCCAGAAGUCUGAUUCAGGAGGUUUUGCCAUCCAGACUUACAGAGGAGCCCAGAAGCCUCCAAUGGAACUUAUUCACGUCCAGACCACCCAAAUGGCCGAAGAUCCAGCAACCUUCAAGCCACCCAAGAUGGACAUCCUAUUGAUGGAAGGGAAGAAACCACUGCCGCAGACCCAUAAUCUCAAACCCCGUGACUUAAAUGUGCUCACACCCACUGGCUUCUAGAGCUCUUUGUAUUCCAGGGACUCUGGAUAGAGGGUAUCUUGUACCCAACUCCC